CCGGGGAAUUCUAAAUUGAUACGAAAGUGAUUAUAACUCUUUCCGCACUCUGUGGAGAUUGCGGUCCUGCAAAAUUUCCUCUUUCCCUGACUUCAUCACCCUGUUGUUCCUCGGCCGUCGUUCUACCCACGGCUCUACCCGUUGCGUGGACUGAAUCCGAAGCUUCUCCAUCAACACCUGCAUCACCCCUCCCGUCUGCUCUGGAGCUACCUGAAUCAGCUCCCAGCUGGGCCCGCAGCUGUCACUUCCACUUCACUCCAGCUCGCCUCAACUCACCCUCUCCCCAGCUCCAUAGAAGAGGAGAAAAUACCACGACCACCAUUCACUCCUCCCUCCCCAUCGUCGCAUCGCAUCGUAUCAUACCGCAUUGAUUCAGCCCACAUCCUGGAACAAGCUUAAGAAAGGAAAAAUAACCUUUCUUGUCGUCCCGUCCGCCAGGUUGUUGACUCCAGCAUGCCGCGCAUCGACACUAAAACUUUUUAAUUUCUUCGCCAUGAGCGUUGACACCUCGCCGCGUAGCGUCCAUUUUUCCGCUUUCGCCUACGGUACCGAAGACGAUCAUCUCGACACGCUCAAAUCACCCAGAGUGAUGGAACGCCCUCAUGCUCAGACCAACGAUUCUGGCUCUUCGGGGGACUCGCAGGACUCUGCCCACCUGGGUGCUGAUGGUGUUGCUGGAAGUAGUCUUCAUGGCAGCGUCCAUGGGAGUAUGCACUCCGCCUCACCUUUAUCCACAAUCGAUACUCGACCGCCCAUAACCAGCAUGAACUCUAGCAUGCGUACAAACACGUAUGUCGGUUCAAACGUUAAUGGCGCAUCAUCGAGACCGCAAAGACCAACGGGUCCAGCCCGAACACCAUCGAAUACAUAUGCUCCCCCGCGUCGACCAACACAACCACCAUAUAUCACAAUAUCUGACCGAAAUCGCUCCGGCUCCACACUGAGGGGCUUCAACAGAUCCGAGCCGAAUGCAUCAUACCGAGCACAAGAGAAAGCGUAUGUGCAGCGACUUAGGCAAGAUGCACCUUUCGAAUACUUUGAGCCUCAUACGCCGAGCCUUGGAUAUGGUACGGGUUCAGAUACAGAGGAUGAGUCACCUAUGGAGCCGCAAUUUGAUAACGAUGCGUACGAUCAAGAGACUCUGAUGUUUUACGGGAAUGACGAUAUUCAGCCUACAGCCGAAGAUCUCCAGGAUCCCUCGAAGCGGGAGCGCCUCGAAUGGCAUGGAAUGCUAGCAUCUGUGUUGACGGGGGAUGUGGUGAGGCAGGAGAAGAAGCGCUUGAUAGGUGCUUCAGAUAAACAGGGAGAAAAUCUCCAUGUCGAAAUUUGGUUGGGCAUACGCUCCAAGAUAUGUGGUAGGACUCUAGCAGCGCAACGCCGCCUCAUAGAGGAUUCACGAGCUAGUCUGGAUAAUUCAAUCGACGAGAUUAUCAAAUUUCAAGUUCAAGGCACCACCGAAGCUGGAAAGCCACCUAUAGAGCAAGUCCGGGAUAUUGUCAAGAAGAUUGAGAAAUGUGAAGGUCUCUACCCUACGUGUAUGGCUCUUGAGAUAGCAAACAAAGCUGCUGCUUCCCUCCAGUAUAGAUCUACCUAUGAUGCUAUUAUCUCGUGGCACAAUACCACUGAGCUCAUCAAUACCGAACUCGGAAUUCUGCAGAGCUGGGUAGGGAACGUGGAACUGGACUUUAACAAAGCCAAGGACCGCUCACCUUCCGGGCAUGGGUUAUCUGACGAAUCUUCUUUUAUUGAUAGACUCUUAAAGGAAGAUGGCUUGAAGUCGUUGCAGGGCGACAAGAGCAUCCUUCUGGGUGUAGCGAAAGUGAUUAUGAAAGCAAAGAGUACAUUGAUUGACAAUUCAGAAGGAUUUGCCAGGCGACACCUUCCACCGUAUAUCGAAGAGAUGCUCACCCUUAUCAACUUCCCAUCGCGACUUAUUGAAGAGAUCAUUCUCGUUAGACUUCAAUUUGCAAGAAAGAUGAAGGAUUCGGCUCAGCAAAAUGCGAUGAUGCAAGAGCAAAUGAUAGCACAAUUUCAGAUCCUUCUGAACCUCGCCGUACGAAUCAAACAGGAAUAUGUGACAAUCUCACAACCGGAACCUGGAUGGGAUCUACCGCCAUGUAUCGGCGAAUCAUUCGAUCAGGUUGUGUUAGAUGCUCUAAAAUUCUACUUUAAAAUGUUGAACUGGAAACUUGGCAGCAACAGAAAUACAUUCAAGGAGGCCGAGGUCUUGGAGCAGGAAUGGGAAUUCUCAAACGAAAUCGGUCGACAUCUUCAAGGUGGUGAUGUUGAGGUUGCUGAACAGUUCAGCUCUCUUACAUUUAAAGCUUUCAACCGUCUAAGUCAAACGUUCGAGCGAGAUCUUCAAAGAAGGCCUAAAGAAAAAGCAACUGAGAUGACCAAACGUUACAAACAAGGUCUAGAUUCGGUUCGUGUACGGCAGCGCAUGCUGCAGCGGUUCUCACGAGUACUGAGCGAUCGAUUUGAAAAUGCGACUGAUUUCAGUAUCUCGUUGUGCAAUGAGGAUUUGCAUCAUCUGUAUUCAAGACUUAUUGAGACGGGUCACUUCCUGGUCUAUACCGCUAGCAUUGAACACGACGGAAGCUUUUUGAUAGCGUCUCCUUCACUUUACGACCGACCGCAGGAUAUUCAGUCAAUUCUAGGGACGUGUUAUCACUCAGAGGAGGUUGAGGAAGAUCCGACAAAUCCAUAUCUCUUAGUUUUAAGACCGGAAGUCCAAAUGCCCUGGGAUGGCAGACAGGUAGAUGCCGAUCUCCCUCAGGUAUCAACCGACGUGAAACUUGGCAACCUUCGAUUGAUUGCAGACGGUUCUCAAGCUAGGCUAGCAAAUGCUAGAAUGUUAUUUUUGGAUUCCAUUGAUAUGCAUUUGGACAUGGUCGUCGAGCAAAGAUCGAAUCUGAAGAAGGUCAACUUGAGACUGACCGAGAUCAAAAAAGUGGUGUACAAGCUAUCCGGGUUGAUAAUGGAUAGCGUGGAAAUUGUUCGUGGCCAAACUCAAGGAUUGGAUUGCCACGAACUCAUACAAACCUGCUUCGUUUUCGCCACAGAAUUCGGUCAGCGAUCUCUCCUACAUAUGGACCGUAAUCGGAAGCAGAUGAACAACUUGAAACUCACCAAGCUCGCUCUAGACUGGGUGAGCUUCGUUUGCGAUGAUUGCAUUGCAGCCGACCGGAAGACCUUUCGGUGGGCAGUGCAGGCUCUCGAGUUCGCAAUGGUCAUGACCACAGGUCAACACAUUCUCGCCCUCGGGGAGGAAGAAUACUCCAAACUCCGUGCAAAGGUUGCCGGCUGUAUGUCCUUAUUGAUAUCGCAUUUUGAUAUCAUGGGGGCAAGGUCUACAUUAGCUGCCGCUCAAGCUGAAAAACAACGUGUAGAGGCACUUGCUGGUCAAUUUAGAAAGAUGGAUAUGAAUCGAAUGAUGAAUGAUGAAGAAUCUGCAAGAUAUGUGCUCGAGGGGAAACUGGAACAACUUGCAAUGCUCGAUGACGCUCGAAAGCAAAAAGAAGCCGAAAGACAAGCUCUGGGUCGUGUCAUGGAAGAAACAAACGACGCAGACCGUUCCCUUACGUACCUUUCCUCUUCCGCCUCAAAUGUCAACAUGAGAUGGCAACAAGGCCAGUUCGUUGGCGGUGGGUCUUUUGGAUCCGUGUAUGCUGCCAUCAAUCUUGACUCCGGUCACUUGAUGGCCGUCAAAGAAAUUCGUUUGCAAGAUCCAACCCUCAUUCCAACCAUCGCUGGGCAGAUCAGGGAUGAGAUGAAUGUCCUUGAGGUAUUGGACCAUCCCAAUAUUGUCUCUUAUCACGGAAUUGAAGUUCAUAGAGAUAAGGUCUAUAUCUUCAUGGAGUUUUGCUCUGGUGGUUCUUUGGCUGGACUGCUCGAGCAUGGUCGCAUCGAAGACGAACAGGUCAUCAUGGUGUAUGCGCUUCAAUUGUUGGAAGGUCUUGGGUAUCUACACGAGAGUGGCAUCGUGCAUCGUGACAUCAAGCCGGAAAGUAAGUUCUUCAUUCAACGACCCGCAAUGUAUGACAUGUACUGACUAGUUUCAAGAUAUUCUCCUCAAUCAUAACGGUGUCAUAAAAUACGUCGAUUUUGGCGCCGCAAAAGUGAUUGCCCGUCAGGGUAAAACAUUAAUAGCGGGCGCUCAAGGCAAAUCGGAAAAGGCCAAAUCUAUGACUGGAACGCCAAUGUAUAUGUCCCCUGAAGUUAUCAAAGGAGAGAAUCCUGGUCGCGCAGGUGCUGUGGACGUUUGGUCUCUCGGAUGUGUAAUUCUCGAAAUGGCUACUGGUCGUCGGCCAUGGGCGUCCUUGGACAACGAAUGGGCGAUCAUGUACAACAUCGCCCAGGGCAAUCCUCCACAACUCCCUUCGAGCGAACAGCUCAGCCCACAAGGGAUCGAUUUCCUCAAUCGGUGUUUCGUCCGUGAUCCUAAGCUUCGGGCAUCCGCUGCGGAGCUUUUACAGCAUGAAUGGAUUAUGGCCAUCAAAAGCCAGGUCUCCAUCGACCCGGGAACCCCAAGUGAAAGCUCCAGCAAUCAUUCGGGUUCUAGAGUCAGCCUGGGGUAGAUGAGGCUGUAAGGGUUUCAGGAAUUCUCCAUCGGCUCCCUCUUCGGACACACAAGUGUUUCAAUGUCGACCGCGCCGACCGUGAUAUCUUGAACUUUUUUUCAAAACCAAAUCGCAACUUUUUCCUCUUCUUAACCAAUUGGCUUGAAAUACUGGAAGGAAAAACAAAACGUCUCAUGAUACGAGGCGCAUCGGCGAAUUUUGUUGUUGUACAAACUUGCGGGAGUUUUUUUCCUUUGGUCCGUUUCUUAUGAUCAAUCUCAUUGAUCGGCGCAGCAUACGGAGCGUUUGGGGGAACCCCACUUUUUAGGGAAUGGGCAUUCAGCGACGAGUUUUGGAGUUGAGCAAUUUUUUAUGGAGUCCUUUUUUUUUGUUGUUGUUGCGUAAUGUUCGUUGUCGCCGAUGGAGAUAUUUUUGUUCGGAAGAAUUACCUCGUUUGCUUUGAGUAAGUGGGUGGGUGGGUGAAACUAAAUCCUUUGAUGCUACAGACCACUUUUUUUUUCCUGAUCGGUGAGAUGAAAGAACGAGGUGAAUACGGAUGGAUGGAUGGAUGGGGUUGUAGAUAGGGUGUGGAUUGAAGGGGAAGUGGGUAGAGGGAGAUUGUUUCAUGGGGAUGUGAGAUGGUAGAGAGUGAGUAGAGCAUCUGAAGGGAGGAGAGAAGAGUAGAGGAAAAGAGGAGAUGUAAAUAAGGAAGUAAACAUUAGAUACAUUACCUCGGGACUCAUAUGAGGGAAGAAUGAGAAGAAAAGAAAAUGAAGUCAUGAUAUUUCGACGAGUA